UUAAUUUUGAAAUAACAAACCGGAAAAGGUGUUGACGCGGAUUGUUGCUGUCAACAGCCUUAUCAAGUCUACUGCGACUUCAGACGCCACAAAGCCCACCGGGAGAUACCGAAACACUGACGGACUCUGGCUGUUCGUCUGUGGAAGCUCCAGCGUUGUGUGUGUGGUAGAGACAUCACUGUGCAGUGCGUGUGAGUGGGUGCGUGUCGUGCCGUUCUGCAGAGUGUGUGAUGUCUUCAGAGCUGCUGGUAGAUUUGGGUGAAGACCCUGCCACUGCACAGUUAGGACAGCUGAAGCUGACGACAAUAGAGGACCAGCAGUGGCCAGCAGAUGAGGCUACGCUCAGCAAGUCAGAGACAGACAUUUCCCAGCGCUUCGAUGCUGGCUCUCCCCACCUGCCCUGGGACCACCCCUUCUAUGACAUCGCCAGGCAUCAGAUCAUUGAAGUGGCAGGUGAUGAUAACUUUGGGAGGAAGGUGAUAGUAUUUAAUGCAUGCAGGAUGCCUCCACAGCACCAACUGGACCAUCACAAGCUGCUGAUGUAUCUUAAGGGAACACUGGAUCAGUAUGUUGAAAGCGACUACACUCUGAUCUAUUUCCAUCAUGGGCUGACCAGUGAAAACAAACCAUCUCUCAGCUGGCUACGAGACGCAUACCGGGAGUUUGACAGAAAGUACAAGAAGAACAUCAAGGCUCUGUACAUUGUACACCCCACCAUGUUCAUCAAGACUCUGCUGAUCCUCUUCAAACCACUAAUCAGUUUUAAGUUUGGCAGGAAGAUCAACUAUGUGAGCUAUCUGAGCGAGCUGGAGGAUGUGGUGAAGUGUGAGCAGCUGAUCAUUCCUGCCCGCGUCAAAGAGUACGACAACAAGUUACGAGCGUCUCUGAAACCAAGUGCCCAGCCUCCCAUGUCGCCCCCCCACAGCCCCCCCCUCCCCAACCAGGUGUUUGGGGUGCCACUUGAACUGCUCAGACAGAGAGAUGCAGACGGUGAUGCAGUUCCCGUGGUGAUGAGAGACACCAUUACCUUCCUUUCAGAACAAGGUUUGGAGAUCGAAGGGAUCUUCAGACGGUCUGCCAAUGUGACUCUGGUGAAAGAUGUCCAGCUCAGAUAUAACUCAGGUGCGACCGUGGACUUCAAAGACAUGGAGGAUGUCCACUUGGCUGCUGUCAUUCUGAAGACAUUCCUGAGGGAAUUGCCCGAGCCUCUGCUGACCUACCAGCUCUACAACGACAUUGUCAACUUCACCUCUGUUUCCAGUGACAACCAGGCGGCACAUAUGAAGGAACUGGUAGAGUCGCUGCCAGAGGAAAACUAUGCAUCACUGCGAUACCUCAUCACAUUCCUGGCACAGGUAUCUGCCAACAGUGAAGUGAAUAAGAUGACCAACAGUAACCUGGCUGUGGUGUUUGGUCCUAACCUGCUCUGGGGGCGGGACAACGCCAUGUCACUCAGCGCCAUUGGUCCAAUCAACAACUUCACCAGAUCACUGCUGGACCAGCAGCAUCUGGUCUUUACCUAAAUCCCACCUCUUCACCCUGCAGUCUCUCUUCCAGUCAAACACCCUGUUCCAUGAUAACACUAUACACUUUGAAAAGAUCCUGUGGACCAGUCUUACAUUCUGAUUGGCCACUGUCUUGUCGGUAUAUCAAGCAGCUUCUGGCCCACAUUUCCAUUUCCAUGUGACUCCAGGCAUGUGGAUGGAAAUGGUACAUAAUUUAGACUGCAGCCAAAUAACCCUCAAUAAACAACUUAUAGCACAAAAUUUAACAUUCACUUACUUUGAUCUGACAGCGGAGAACAAAGGCAGUGAUUUAACCUUAAAGUGGCCAAGUAUGUCUCGUAAAUAAUGCAUUUUUUUCUGCUUUGUUGUUGCUUUUUGUCAUUUUGAUAGCUGCCUAAUAAUGUAGCAGUAAUCAUUAAAAAAAAACCGACAACGCAAAAACUAGAUCUAGUGUGAAAGAUCCACUUCCCAAUUGUGUUACAGCAUCGUCACCAAGUUCUAGAGUUUCCACCAACACUAUGACCCCUUUUGCGCUAAAUGAGUCUUUAGCGAUCAGAUCACAAGUGGACAGAUGAGCUAUAUGUGGUCAGAUUUCAUUCCUGCCAACGCCACUUCUGCUUGAAGCUGAAAUUGCCCUGCGCGCUUUUAUUACAUCGGAUAACAACAACAACUUGGGUUGCUAGUUGCUAUCUUGCUAGCAGUACCCUUGAAAACAGUCCGGUAAUGAUAUGAGUCUUCAAGUGUUCUUGGACUCAAUCUUCUGCUCAUAUCGAAAUUAGACAUCUGGUUCCACUUGACGCAUCAGCAUUUACACUACAAAAUAUAUGUGGUCAAAUGCGUCCUUGACCACACUGCCCUACAAAGUCUAACUGCAGUAACUGCCAUUUUUGGUCAAAAUUGAGUUAUAACUAAAAAUGAACUCCUUGAUGUUUGUUUUAUCUUGUGACAAAGUUUUAGAUUUCAAUUUUGCUUUAUUUCAGAGAAAUAAUCAUCAAAAACCACAAAAUCCAACUCAAAACCAAGCAGUAAUUGCACUUACCACCAUCUGCUUUGGAUAUAUAUACUUAUUUAAACAUAAAAAUAAUAGAAAUUAUAAGUUUAUUUGAAAGAGAAAUUAUACAUAGAUAGUAAUUAAGUAAAAAAAGUGAGAUAAAAUGAUAUUAAGACCAAAAUUUAACAUUUCUUUAUAAUAUUAAGUCUAAAAUAUGCACAUCUUUGAAUAGAGUUGUUAAAUACGCUGACAACAAAAUCAAUUUGAAAAUGUUUAUUCACUGAAAACAAAAUAUAAAAGCUGAAAGAAGACAGCUACAUUGUAGUCACUGCACUCUGUUUCUGCAUUACUUUCUGCAAACCUUUUACAGCAAAAUCAGAAUGCACUAACUACGUUUUUGGGGUCAAAGGUCAAAAAGAUCGUCAUGAUUUUUGAGCAUACAAAUGACAUCAAUACAUGUAGAAAUAAGUGUCAUAUCACUUACCUACCUACAACCAAUUUGGCCGGCCAGUUAAAACAGGUUAAAAAAAACUUUAAAGCAUUUUUUCUCAUUUUUUGCCUUUUGUGUAGUUACUGCAGUUAGACUUUGUAGGGCAGUACAGCAAGGUUUGAGUGAUUUACACUUUGUUUACACUUGUAUUUUAAUGCUGACCAACUGUGAUCUGAACGCCCAAGAUGCAUUUUAAAACCAAGUCUAAACAAGGUCUAUAUGGUUCAAAACUGUAAAGACAUGCCUCAAAAACAUGGACGAGAUUCCAAGUGACAGAAAUAACUCUUAAAAUUGAUCUCCAAUGAUGUCCAAUGUUAUUGCACUUUCUUUAGGUUGGAAGACUCAAUUUCCUGAUUUUUUUGUCACUUUGGUUAAGCUCUGAAAACAGUGGAUCCAAUAUUUCCCAUAGUGCCACAAAGGGCUUUUGAAGCUGACUGACUGAAUAAUAAAGUGAAAGAAAAUGGUAGUUCAGUCUUGUUUUACAGGCUAGUGCACUAUAAGUUCUGUAACAUAAUCAUGGAGUGUAUCUUUCAGGACAUAAACACAGAACCUGCAGUCUGUCACAUAGUUCAUUUCUGACUAUUUCACCAUCCCAUUACACCCAACUAGGGCUCAAAGUAACUUUGGUGUUUGAUCUGAAAAAAAAAAAAAAGGUCAGAAAAUAGUGAAAAAAGUCUAUCCCGGUGUCUCAUAGUCCAAGGUGAUGUCUUGAAACGUCUUGUUCUGUUAGUCCGAAACAUAAAGAUAUAUUUAGUUUGAUACAAAAUAAAACAGAGAAAAGCAGGAACAGCAUUUUCUGACAUUUUUGGUUGAAUAAUGACUUUAAUCGAUUAUCGAAAUAGUUGGCGAAUAUUUUACUGUGAAUGGACUAGUCAACUUAUCAUUGCAGCUCGACACCUGACUAAUAAUCCUCGUCCUAAGUGCACGUGUUUAUACUGGUGUCUAAGAACACAGUCUUUUAUCUCUAUAUGGAGAUUAAACUUCCCCAGUCUUUCUCUGUAAACCUGUGCUGUGCUGUCUGUUCUCUGCUGUUUUUCUAUGUAGUGCCAAAAAAAAAAAUGGCCUCCAGCUUCCACAGAGAGAGCAGGGUGAUAAUAGAUCAUGACUAGAGAAAUUGAAGCGGUGCAGUUACCAAAAGUCCCCUUAUUAGGAUCCUGAACUUAACGAGGGGAGAGAUUAAUGGAGGUCAAUGGAAGUCUCAGGUUAACUUGCAAACAGUGAACUUGGUACCAAAUGUUGUGGACAAUCUUUGAAAUGCUGUAAUUCUAGUAGAAAAAGUAGCUGUGCGAUUCUACCAGCAGAUCAUUAAGUGUGUAGAAGCCAAUCACAGCUGUGCAUGUAAAUGAAAUUAGUGCUGGACCCGAACCCGGACCUGGACCUGGUCUGGUUUUAUGCUGACGACUCUCUGCUCUGUAAUAUAGUCUGUAAUAUCCUGAUAGUGAUUUGACUGAUAUUUAUGAUUCUUUGUGGCCCCCUUCUUACUCUAUAUGACUGUGAUAUUAUCUCACUACUUCCACAUGUUUCCCCUCCCAACAUUAUCUUAACGCUGUUGUCAUUAUAGUAGCUCAUUUUGACAUUAGUGAAGCCGCUAUUUUUAUGGUACAUCACAAAAUUAGAGAAAAGUCUUUAUCUUCCUGCUUAUUGAGACAGUAAAACCAUGGGCUUUAAAGGGAUAGUUCAGAUUUUUGUGAGGUCAUAUGAGGAACUUAAUAGGGCUGGGCGAUAUGGACCAAAAGUCAUAUCCCGAUAUAUUAAGGCUGAAUAUCGAUAGACAAUAUAUAUCCUGAUAUUUUUAUCGCAAAGUGAGAGCAAAUGUUCAGUCAAAGUCAAAGAUAAGAUGUCACAAGUAGUUUUUUUGAAACAAAAAUCAAAGCUUCAUAAAGUGCACAUUUAAAUAAAAAAAAUAUCUUAAAUAAAAAUAGCCUAUAAAAAAAAAUAGGCCAAUCUUUUUCUAAAAUAAAUAUAUUUGAGAAAAGAAUAACAAACAUUACAAAAGAGCUCAAUAUGACAAACCCUAGUCAGGGCAGCAUUUAUAUUGAAAUAUUUUUUUUUAACUAUAUCGAUAUAUACGAUAUGAUCUAAUUCCAUAUCACAUUUAAAAAUAUAUCGAUAUAUCUUUUGUAUCGAUAUAUUGCUCAGCCCUAGUACUUACCUACAGUAAAUGUAUUCCAUGUAUUAGAUACUGAUCUGCACGUUCCCAGUUUUGAGAACCAGACGCUCCAGGUAGGAAACAGACUUCAGACGGGGCCUGUCACAAAAUUUAUUUUAACCACUUAAACAAAGCCCUACCUUAAAACUGUUAUACCUGUUUAAUAAUACAAUUAUAAUAAUACAAUUAUUCGUCUCGUUUGGAUCUUGUCUGGUUCUCCAAACUAGAAAGUACUGCACUACUAAAUUUCGCCUUUAGCACCAACUCUGUGUUCGUUCUGGAUCGUUCAGUUACCACACCGGCCCAACAAGAGAAGGCUGCACAUUGGCCAAACACGUUCUGGGUUCUGCAGCUGUUUUGUGUGUAUAUUCCGUCUAUAGUCCGAGUUGUCGAGCUGAUCAUGGGUCCAAGGACUUUACAGUAGAGUUACUCAGAGUACAGGUUUCUUUGUUUCAGCAAAUACUGCUUUGAACAGUACCUAACCUUGCUUGGCUCAAGUUCUUUUUUAUUUUUGACUGACUGUUAUUUUUUGUCUUUUGAAGUUUAUAUUUGAUUUUUUUUAAAUACACAUGUUUUUUUUUACAACCUAAAGCUGCACUUUUCCUUUUAAAUAAGCAUCCUUUAUAUUCAAGCUCACACAAUGCUGAUUAAGCCAAUUGCCACUAGGGGGAGCUCUCCAUAUUUCUGGGUUGUCAAGCACUUCCUGUCCUUCAUAGUCUGCUUUUUCUGGCUCUAAUUGGUUAAAUGGCAUGUACCUGUACCUGUAUUACCCCCAAUACCUCAAACAGGCAGGAACUGGGGGAGAGACCAUAGAUUAGCUUAUAAUGACUCACUGCCAGAGUGUAUUUGAGGGUAAUAAAGCACACCCUUAGGCUAGUCCGUAUUGUCCACCAUUUUCAAAAUCUUCAAUCCAAUGCAGGCAUGGAUCAGCAGUACUGGAGCAGGGAAUGUGACAAUGGGAAAAAAGAAAUGGCCAAACUUAAGUCUGUAGAUCAAUUAGCUGAAAGUUUAGUAUAAUAGUUCUUGUAGUUAAACAAACCUUUUCAGGUCUUUUAAUCUACCAAAAUGUCUGAUCCCUAGUGCAUAACCAAGUUUUACUUUAUUUUACAGACAAAUAAUAACUUGUUUUUUGCUUUAACUUGACUUGGUACUUCCAAACCUAAAUGCCAAGACUUUGGACUCUGGACACUAAAUAAUAUAUCUUUGUUUUAUAACCUUUGCUUAUUGAGUGUAUUUACUUUACAGUUGUGUUUAAAUGUAGCUUAAGGUAAUGGGAUCACAAGCUUGUCGGCCUGUCUUAAGGGUCACAGGCCAAAAAAUUGGUAGGAAAUCCCUUGUCACUCAAUUGAUCUACAUCAACAAGAUCUUUAGGUUAUUUACAUAACCCCGGUUCUCUGAGUAAUAUGAGUGAGAUGUCUCACUAUGGGCAUGCAUCCCAUAGUGAGACAUCAAACAAAAUAUGAAAGAGAUCCUAUGGUUUCAAAUUGGCUAAAAGAGAAAAAUAAAAUCUGCUUCGGAGGCUAGCACUUUUCUGCGUUUUCUAAGAUUAAUAAAUCACGUGUCAUUUCCAGGUCAAAUAGUAUUUCUGAACUCGUCGCUGUCUGGAUUUUUUUUGGUCUCCGUUUGGAUCCCCAAGCCUUAACUUUUUUUUUCAUUUACUGCCAUCUAUAUCCAAAUUCUGCUCAUCUAAACCAUUGCAUCUACAUAAAAUGCAGUUUAGUGUACUGUUGACGUAUGGUUUUGUACAGGUAUGAUAUAGUUUACUGUAUAUGACUUUGGCAGGAAUUCACAGGAACAAAACAGGGUUGGCUGUUUGACCAUUGAUCAGUUGUGUGCCCUUCCUGUAGUCGUGCAGUGUCUGUCAAGCCAAACUAUGCUGUCGAAUCAGCCGUCUUUUAUUUCGUCAAUGGCCAAAAUUACUAGCAGAGGGUAAUUAUUAGCGUUGUACUUACUGUGACUGAAAAGCACCAAAAGAUAUGAGAUUUAGCUUGAACGAAGCUGAAGCAAGAAAAAAAAAUUCAAAUGUUUACCUGUUGUAACUCUCAGUCAUGUCAAUGCCAUGGAUUGGCAUGCUAUUGGUGUAUAUAUGGGUGUGUGUAAGUGUGUGUUUGUAUGUAAAUGCUGACUCAGCAGAUUUGAACAGACAAAAUAUUUGACUGACGGGUUUAAAUAAAUAGUUUAGUCGUACAACUAGGGCUCCUGUCGGUUGAAGUGUGUGUGCGAGUGUGUGUGUUUGUGUUGUUGGUGAAAACACGGUUGCUCUGUUCCAUCUCGGAGGUACCACUUUUUCAUUUGACGACAUUAACGUGUGUGUGAGUGUGUGCGUGUGCAUGCUUGUGCCUUAUUUGUUCCCACCCAACCCCAAGUGAUCAUGUGAUUAGCCAUCAAAAUGCCAGUGUGCCCGUUCUGCCAUAGAUUAAAAAGACAUGAGGUGUGUUCAGCAAGGCUUUAGUGUCACAGACAUAGCGGGGACGGUGGAGCUCCUGUCUUGGCUUGUUGAACGCUGCUCAGCUGUAAUGGAUGAUCACAGGCUUGAGAAAUGUACCCUUAUUAAUCAUAACUCCAUCACUUCUGAAGAUGAUCAAGGCUUCUUUAGAAUUUUCUUUCUUUUAAUUCAUUUUGAUAUAGAGAGUAGACGAAAUAACACAUUUUUGCCGGACAACCAGGAAGUUAGCAUCUCCAUGGGGUCUAUUGAGAAUUCGUCAAUGGGAUUUUUGCAUUGGAUUUUGGAUCAUUCCAGAAAAUAAGUUCUGUGGCAAACAGACGUUUCUGAUACUAACACGUUUUGUUCAGCAGGAUAAUUUUCACAAAUGAACACCACUUUUAAUAUUGUUAGUUGAGUUAAUGCAGCCAACAGAAGUCAAAAGCUAACGUUAUGCUAUAGCUAACUACACCACGCUCUCUUACAAGCUAACCAGUCGUUUUGACGGGGUCAUCCCUAUGUUCCCCGUUUUUCCCCAAAAGGGUCCUCUGUUCCCCUGUAGCAAUACAUACCAGGGAGCAUAGGACCCUUUGGGUUAGGGUUAAGCCUAUUUGCAUAUGCACGUCAAACAGCCCGUAGGCCUACAUAGGCCUAUUUGCCAUGGAAUUUGGCAGUAAUGGUGGAAAAAGUAACAGACCGGGGACCAUAGGACCCUUUUUGGGAAAAGCGGGGAAAAAGGGUCCUAUGUUCCUCAGUCUCAUACAAAGAGGGGAACAUAGGACCCGGGUCCUAUUUUGACAAGCUAGUCAAACCGUAGCCUAAUAAAUUGUUUAUUAUCCUAUUCUACAAUCUACAAGAGCUCUGACAAACACGACUAGAGGCUGUAAGACAGACCUAUGAGAAAGUUCCUGUCCGUGUCCGGCGUGAUGACGUUUAAUGUCCCCGACAACCACCGUAGUCUCAUUUAGCCACUUGUCAGCAAUUGCCUUCAAAAUUCAAAAGUGGGGGUAUUUAUUAACGGAUUUUAUGUUGACAAGCUUGUGUUAACCACAGUCCUUAUUUCAGGCAUCUAACCACCAAUCCAUUCAAAAUCCUCACAGAGUUUGAGAGGAUAGACCCCAGGGAGCUAACAUGCUAACUGACUUCCUGGUUCAAGAACUCAUUCCUGUGGCGUUCUAUUCUGAUAUGUAAAAAAACCCUGAAAUUGAAUUCUAAGUUUUAAGAUUUAAAUGAGGAUGAUUUCAGGUUCCUAAAUGACUUAAAUAGACCCUUUUCCUCCCUUAGUACACUAUAAUUUAACAAACUCCUGAGAAUUGCUUCUAUUUUUCUGUUUGUAUUUUCUACAUUAUCCAAUAAACCAAGUAAUUAUUUAUACUUCACAAACAUUUUCAAAUGAUUUCCAUCAUUGUACAACAGCUGAUGUUUCAGGUGUAUAAAAAUGUUGCACAGCCAAAUUCUCUCUCCACUUUUUUCCAUUUUUUUUUUACUGUAUCCUUAAAUUUUACAGUAAUAUCAACCAAGUACAUCUGUGUCAAGUAUUUUUUCCUUAUUUAAUUUUAUAACUUCACUGUUUCUUCUCAACUCUGCUGAUCAGUUACAGCCAUGUCCAAUCUAUGAAUCUUUGUACUGUAACUGUUGUCAUUGUGACAGUGAACAAUUUUUCUCUGUUGGAGAAAUGAUUUGGUUUUGUUCCAGGCCGAUUUAUUCAAAAUUAGUGAUCUUAUUUUCUUAACUCUUUUUUC